AUCACUAAUAUGCUCAACUAUUAUUAUAACCAUUCUUUCUUCGUCAUGACCCUCUAGGUAUUUGGCAAAAUUCCUAGACCAUGCCCUCCUCAGAAUUGCGGCAAUGUCCAAACCCAACAGUCAACGGCCGUUCCACGUUAUCAUUGUGGGUGCCUCAAUCGCCGGCCUGACUCUCGCCCACUGUUUGUCCAACACCGAAAUCGAGUUCACCAUUCUCGAAGCGAGAUCCGAUACAUACCCGGAUGGUGCUGGGCUUGCCAUCCUUCCGAAUGGCGCCCGGAUUCUUGAUCAGUUGGGACUGUAUCAAGACGUGCUGGACCAAGGUCAAUGCAUGGUAUCGCACAGCACUUGGCUUGAGACCGGACACCUCUUGCGACGAGUUGAUGCGGGACGAAUUCGAUCUUUCGGACGAAUUGAUUAUCCUGUCCUCGUUAUCGCCCGGCGGGCACUCCUAGGUAUUCUAUAUACUCACCUUCGGAGCAGUCGGCUGUUCUUCAAUCGGCGAGUCGUUCGCAUCGUGUCAUCUCCGGAUAAUGUUACAGUUUACAGCGCGGAUGGAAUGAGUGUUUCAGGGGAUCUGGUGGUUGGUGCGGACGGUGUUCAUAGCAUUGUGCGUGAGCAUAUGUGGCAUCAUAUCCGUGAUACCAGUGGGGCUGUUGCCAGCCCUUGCUGGUUUUCCGAGGUCCCCUUGACCGAUUCCUUCGCUGGUGUUUUCGGUAUCGCUGAGUCAAUCCCUAAGCUGAAUAGAGGAGACGUUCAUCGGGCUUAUGGACAUGGCUGGUUAACGGUUAUUAUGGUGGGAGCGGACUCCAGAGUCUGCUGGUUCAUGUCGAUUGCGCGCACAAUGAUGCCAGUAUUAAUCCCGCGCCAUACUUCCGACCGCGCUUAUGUAUCCAGGAUCGUCGAACCGUUUACGAAGAAGCAUGUCACCAGCGAUGUCACGUUUGGCGAAGUCUUCAACCGCUCGGAGUCAUGCGUUGUGGCGUCACUGGAAGAGGGAUUCCAGAAUAGAUGGUCCUGGGGCCGGUUUGUAGGGAUAGGGGAUGCGAUGGCACCGAAUAUAGCAGAAGGUGCCAAUUGCGCCAUUGAAUCCGCCGCAUCGCUGGCGAACCAUCUAGUUUUCUUCGCCCGCGGGUCCACUCCUUUAUAUACGGAAGAUCGACUCACUCCAAUGUUGAAGGCUUGGGAAGAUUCACGUAAGCGCAGAACCAGGGGUCUUUUUCUCAUCUCGCAGUGCGCGGUUCGCAUAGAAGCGGCAACCAGCUGGGUGCUCAAACUAAAUCAAGUGUUUCUUGCGCACUUCCAUGGGACGGGAAUUGGCCUGCUCACUUCGAUCACCUCGCGUACUGCACGAGUGGACUAUCUUCCAUUACCACUGCCGCAACAGAGCAGUAGGCCGCAAGUUCUAGAGAACAAAGAACAAAAAAAUCUGUGGAACUGGCAAAUGAUAAUACUACCCCUAGCAGCAGCAACCAGCUUGAUGUUUCAUGUUUUGCAUGCCCUGGUGUUGUAG